UGUGGCUUCCGUCCUCCGCCCUCUAGUUCAGCAUUGAACAUGGCGGCGUGCUCAAGGAGAGCAGGAGGGGUGCUGAGCUCAGUGCGGAUACUGAGAAAUCUACAGCACCAGGAUGAGCGGUUGUUUUCAACAUCACUGGCUCGGCAUGCUGCAAGCUCUGGCGGUCAGCCGCCCAAAUUCGUUCCUCCGACAAAACCUGUCAUCAAAUCACAGUCCCAGGCAUCACUGCGAAAGUUUCUCAGUCCAGAGUUCAUUCCUCCUCGCCAGCGCACAAAUCCUAUUAAAUUCGCCAUAGAGCGCAAAGACAUGAUACGAAGAUGCAAAGUCCUCAACAUUCCUGAGUUCUAUGUAGGCAGUAUUUUGUCGGUUACCAUGUCGGACCCUCACGCAGCUGGCAAGACAAAUCGCUUUGUAGGAAUCUGCAUCCAGCGCUCUGGGAAAGGUCUGGGUGCCACCUUCAUCCUUCGAAACGUAGUUGAUGGCCAGGGAGUGGAGAUCUGUUAUGAGUUGUACAGUCCGCGGAUAAGGUCCAUCGAGGUGCUGAAACUGGAGAAGAGGCUGGAUGAUAAUCUGAUGUACCUGAGAGACGCGCUGCCAGAUUACAGCACUUUUGAUUUUGAAAUGAAACCUGUCCACAUUUCCCCUAACCAGGACGUCCCCGUCAAUCCUCUAAAGGUCAAGAUGAAACCCCGUCCUUGGUCUAAACGCUGGGAUCGACCGAAGUUUAACAUCAAAGGGAUAAGGUUCGACCUCUAUGUGACCCCUGAGCAGAUGGAGCAUGCUCAGAAGUGGGCACAGCCGUGGCAGGAGUAUGACAUGCUGAAAGAGUAUGAUACGUCCGCAUUGGAGGAGAAGAUUUACCAGGAGGUCCAGGCUGAGCUUAGAAAGUAAACAGCCUACAACAGUAAAAGACAAGAACUGGUGGACCUUGGGUUCAGAGCAGUAGAGUUUUUUCUAGCCCUGUAACAGUUUAAACACAUGUUUCAAUUUAGCCAGGGUUGGGUAUUAUCUAAUAUAAUAUCCUUUGCCUGUUUUUCUGUGUCUUCUGGCCAGGCCAUUAAUAUAUUACAACAGGUUUCUGAACCACUGUAUUGGAAAGAGUGAUAAAAUGGACCCUCAUAAAAAUGUAAAAAUAAAUUUGCAUCAGUUUGUAAGA